CAUCAAAAAAUGAAAGUAACAAGAGGUGAAGAAAGGUACAGUGUUUGCCGUGGUUGAAAAUGGCCGGCAAAGGUGGAGCUGCUCCGGCGACAUACUCGCCAUCUCUGACAGCCGAUAAAAAGAAACCACCGUUUUUCAAGGAAGAUUGGGUUCGGCCCGAUGGCCGAGGUUUCCACCAGUGCAGACCUGCAUUUUUCAGGACUGGUGCUGUGAAUGCAGCAUCUGGAUCUGCAUAUGCUGAGUUUGGAAAUACCAAGGUCAUUGUAUCUGUAUUUGGGCCAAGAGAGAGCAAGAAGGCAAUGAUGUACAGUGAUAUAGGGCGCUUGAAUUGCAAUGUGAGCUUUACAACGUUUGCAACUCCAGUACGAGGGCAGGGUUCAGACCACAAAGAGUACAGUGCGAUGCUUAAUAAAGCUCUGGAAGGUGCAAUAAUACUGGAAAGUUUCCCCAAGACAACUGUGGAUGUUUUUGCAUUGGUGCUAGAAUCUAGCGGCAGUGAUCUCCCAGUUGUCAUAUCCUGUGCUAGCCUUGCCCUGGCUGAUGCUGGAAUAAUGAUGUAUGAUCUUGUUGCCUCGGUUUCUGUGUCAAGUUUUAGUAAGAACCUUGUGAUUGAUCCUAUUUUGGAGGAGGAAAACUGCCAAGAUGGUAGCUUAACGAUUACAUGCAUGCCCUCUCGCUAUGAAAUCACCCAACUCACCGUUACCGGGGAAUGGUCUUCCCCGAAGAUCAACGAGGGAAUGCAGCUGUGCUUGGAUGCUUGUGCAAAGCUAGCGAAGAUUAUGAGAUCAUGCUUGAAAGAAGCUGCUUCUGAUUCCAGGGAGUAGAAUGGCAGUUCUAUAUUAAUAAAAAUCACGAUAUGUGCUUUUAAUUUUUUUUCUUAUAUUGAGAGAUAAUUUUGUGUUGGAGAUAGUAGAGAGAGGUGCUGUGCAUAUCCUGAAAAUUUUGUGCUCAUGAGCUUGUCAAAGGUAAAGUGAAAAUUAUUGUUAUAGCAACAGCUAUAUGAUGGCCACAUUGUUUGACGAGUCAAUUCAAUCUUCCUCUGAAUUAGGAAAUUCUCAGUUCUUGAACCCUCCAAUUUUUCAUAACCCUCUCUCGAAAAAGAGAGGAAAAAAAAACUGUAUGCAUGUCACCAAAUAUUCAUUUCAACUAGUAUUGUAAUUUUUUCCCUA